GGCUGGAGUCAGGGCAGAGCGUGAGGGGAGCCAGUGCUGGCUGGUUUGCUUUUAACCCGGCGGGAGCGCUCGACAGAGCGGAGCUAACUGGACUCUCGGACGGGCCCCCAUCCCGAGGCUGCAGCAGCUUCGGUUCCAAGCCCGACCGCAACCGAGCCCGAGUCCCGGCCCCUGAGGGGAUCUCUCCCUGCAGACCAGUGGGACCCCGAAACUUGAACGCAAUACCCAACCCCCUUUUUAUGCGGCCCCCCCGGUCACUUCCCCACCUCUCUCCCAACGCGUUCUUUUCCCCCCCCCCCUCUCCAUUCCCCCUCCUUCGAAGGACACAAAAGUGGUUUCCUCGGAAGAAUUUGGAGGCAAUGAGAGCUUUUCUCUUUGGAGAGCAAGUGUGUAGAAGAGAUUUUUGGGAAGCCGCUUUUUAGCACCUCUGCCCUCCACCCCCCCCAAGCCUCUCUGUACCUCUCCGAGGAGAAGAGCCCACAGAUUGAACGUUGGGGGCGGGGGGCGUUUUGCUCAGUGCCGGAGGAGGAGCGGGGGAGAGGACAGGACCCCCGUCCUCGUCCUGGCAGUUGGCUGGACUCGUACCGGCCGUUGGAAACGCCGAAGUAUAUUUCCGAGUGGGACUUUUACAGAGAGAGAGAGAUAUAUAUAUUAGAUUUUUAAAUAGCAGAUAAAGGUAUAUAUGCUUUCUAUAUAUUUCCUGACGACCUGCCCGUGACAGCGCGAUGUACAAUACCGUGUGGAGUAUGGACCGCGAUGACGCAGACUGGAGGGAGGUGAUGAUGCCCUAUUCGACGGAACUGAUAUUUUAUAUUGAAAUGGAUCCUCCAGCUCUUCCACCAAAGCCACCUAAGCCAGUGACUUCAGCCGUGACAAAUGGAAUGAAGGAUGGUUCUAGUUCUCUUCAGGAUGCAGAAUGGUACUGGGGGGAUAUUUCAAGGGAGGAGGUAAAUGACAAAUUACGGGACAUGCCAGAUGGUACCUUCUUGGUCAGAGAUGCCUCAACAAAAAUGCAGGGAGAUUACACUUUGACUUUGAGGAAGGGAGGCAAUAAUAAGCUAAUAAAGAUCUAUCAUCGAGAUGGUAAAUACGGCUUUUCUGAUCCUCUGACGUUUAACUCUGUGGUGGAACUCAUUAACCACUAUCAUCACGAGUCUCUCGCUCAGUACAACCCCAAACUUGAUGUGAAGCUGAUGUACCCAGUGUCCAGAUACCAGCAGGAUCAGUUGGUAAAAGAAGAUAACAUUGAUGCAGUAGGUAAAAAACUGCAAGAGUACCACUCUCAGUAUCAGGAAAAGAGUAAAGAGUAUGACAGGCUAUAUGAAGAAUAUACCAGAACAUCCCAGGAAAUACAGAUGAAGAGGACUGCAAUUGAAGCUUUUAAUGAGACAAUUAAGAUAUUUGAAGAACAGUGUCACACACAAGAACAACAUAGCAAAGAAUAUAUUGAGCGAUUUCGGAGAGAGGGGAAUGAAAAGGAAAUUGAACGAAUUAUGAUGAAUUAUGACAAAUUGAAAUCACGUCUGGGGGAGAUUCAUGAUAGCAAAAUGCGUCUAGAGCAAGAUUUGAAGAAACAAGCUUUGGACAACCGGGAAAUAGAUAAAAAAAUGAAUAGUAUCAAACCUGACCUGAUCCAGCUGCGCAAGAUCCGAGAUCAGCACCUUGUGUGGCUCAAUCACAAAGGAGUGAGACAGAAACGCCUGAAUGCCUGGCUGGGAAUCAAGAAUGAGGAUGCUGAUGAGAGCUAUUUUGUCAAUGAGCAAGACGAAAAUCUGCCCCAUUAUGAUGAGAAAACCUGGUUCGUUGAGGAUGUCAAUCGAGUACAAGCAGAGGAUCUGCUUUACGGGAAGCCCGAUGGCGCCUUCUUAAUUCGGGAGAGUAGCAAGAAAGGAUGCUACGCCUGCUCUGUGGUCGCCGACGGGGAGGUGAAGCACUGCGUGAUCUACAGCACGGCUCGCGGCUACGGCUUUGCAGAGCCCUACAACCUGUACAGCUCGCUGAAGGAGCUGGUGCUCCAUUACCAGCAGACGUCCCUGGUCCAGCACAACGACUCCCUCAACGUCAGGCUCGCCUACCCUGUCCACGCACAGAUGCCCUCGCUCUGCAGCGGAACAGUGAUUGUUGCCAGACGAAGUUCUGAUGGAAAAAAGCGGCCCUCGUAUCUGAAUGCACACGUCUGUCCCAAACCUGAAAAUCAGAGGAAGCCUCGAACUUGUUCGUUUCAGCAAACACGGACAUUGGUCAGUGUACCUCCUCUUGCCUUGCCCUUGUUUCUCAGAGAUGAGGAAUGGUGUUCUUUGUGUGGGCUGGUGAGCUUUGAAUCAUAAAAUGAAGUUGGUGCUUGUGUGGUGUUUCCUUAGCCUAAAGAAUGAUCUGUCCUUUGAAACCCUUGUUCCUUGUUUGUAUGAGUAAAGAAAAGGUGCGAUCCGGUGCUUUUAGAUGCUCGAGAUACCAAACAGUGACGCUGGACAACACGCUUCCGUGCGCUUCCCCGAGGUUAAAGGCCCUGCAGAAAUAGUCACCAUGGUUUGAUGUCCCUUCAUCUCCUGUCCUCUGCUGGGUGGGGCCCUGGGGAGCCACAGGUGGCCAGGGCUGUAGCUGAAAGGGAGCCAGAGUGGAUUCAGGGACUUCAGUAAAUCGCAGACCCAGAGGCUCUAGUGUCAAGGGUGAGGAUUGUACCACAUCACCCCUGUGCUUCCAUAUACUGGCUUCUGAGGCUUCCGCAAGGAAAGGAAAGGAUGGAUUGGAAAUUAGGCUCUUAGUCAAAGCCGUCUGGACGCUUUUCUCUGUCUUUUUUUUUUUGGUGUCAUCUUGCCAUUAAGACAAUGUGCAGGCCGUCCUUAGGCGUCAGUAGCCCCGAUUUUAGGCCAGGAAUCUUCCACUCCGUGUGGGUGAGAUCUUCCGGCGGAGCAAAGCUGGGCAUCACGCCUGCCUCCACUGUGCCCACCCCCAUCCGUCCACACUCACUUGACAGAUACAAUCCAGUUGCCUCCGAGCCAAUCCUAGAGCCGUAAUAGGCCCCAGGUGAGUGAGCGGUGCGAGCCCAAAGCUGUGCAGUCAGGUAUCCUGGCUGCUAGAGAAGCCACCGUCUUGAGUCUUGGUGCGUAAGAGUUACAGCUAGGAAAGCUCUAGUUCGGGGGAUGAAAGACAGUAUUCUGCUUUCCCCGAGCACUUAUCUUGGUGAGGGGGUCUAGAAUGGACCGUGACGUAGACAUAGACACAGAUGAAAAAUCUGAGGAAAAACCUCCCGAGUUACUAACAGGAUAAGAAGGGGGCAUAUCUUUGGCUUCUCCUUGGUUAUGUCGCAACUUCAGGAUUGGGUGAGGCAGAUAAAUGAAACCCGCUCCAGGGUCACUGUUCUGACCUAAGCUCUUAACCGAGAGCCAGCUGGACAUUCUUCCCCAAAUUGCCGGAUUGAAAUCUUGCUGGCUUUACCGAGUAAUGCCAGACUGACUGCUACCAGGCGUGCCUGGAUGGCUUUGCGCCUGGGGUCGAACCCACUUGAGCAGCAAGCUGCUCGGGAUUGGGUGCAGGGAAUCCCUUCGUCUGGUUCUAAAAUUCGGUGUUCCAAAUGUCUCUUACAAGAAAUGGAAACAAGGCUGAGGAUACAUGCCUCUGACGUCAGACUGUGUUCUGCUCCUUGUCCGGCGGGCGUUGGGGUGUGCAGAGAGCGGGCAAGCACCAUCCACUGUCUGCACUUGGGCGGGCUCGUGGGGCAGGGCUGCUCUUCCCAAGCCCCACGUUCCUUCACGCUCUUCUCUCCUUGUUCGUUCUGGAGUUCGUUGCUUUGUGGGAACUAAGACCUAGAGACAUCUGGAGGAUUUGGCAAGUAUUUGCUUGAUCUCGAGCCUGUGGCGAUGGUAUCGGGGCCAGUCUGGUAACUACGUGGAGGGAUCCUGUGCAUCCCUCUGCUCCAUGGUCUCGGCACAGACCCUGGCCUCCUUCCUCGGAAUCCCCUCUGUCCUGUCCCACCCUCUGGGCCCUGGGCUUCUCUCUUGGCAUCUGAACCGUAGCCUCCCUGAGGCAGAGUAGAGACAGACCGCAACCAGAGGGGCUUAUUGUUUGCCUGGCUAGAAAAGCUGGCCACCAGCGGGGAAGCAGCGUGGGGCUGGCUGGACCCUGGUCCUCCACCCAUCUCUCCUAGGUGGCGCUUUCAUCACAGAACAGUGCUGUCUCCCUCUGGCCACAGAUGCUACCUGAACCUUGGCCAUGGCUCAGGCCUGUACAGGCUAGCUUUAUCCUCACCCCUGAUUUGGCCAAGGUUGUGCACUUCCUAGUAUCUUGCCCUACCCUGUCUCCACGCCUGGAUGGGACCUCCUGCUUACUUUGGACCUCACGUGCUUUGAAGAAGCUUUGAGAGCCAGUGUGGUGUCUUCCAUGGGUCUCCUCUUCCUGCAGCAAGAAACUAGCCUCCUGGGUCCCCUUGAGCCAGACAUCAUCUGGGCAAGUCCUGGUUCCUCGAGGUGGUCUCUGUUGCCAGUUAAGACUCCUUAGUAGGUCUCUGUGCCUCAGUGGCCUCACAGCAGAGGGUCCAGAGGGUCUCUGCUGUCAACUGCUCAGCCUUGCUCGAGCUCCAGCCACUUGUGACGACCACCCUUGUUCCCUUACCAGUUCCAGCAUGUGACUUUGGUGCCCUGUUGUUACUCGUGAAAAACCUCUUCUUCUGUUGUCUUUGAUGUAGUCAAAAAAAUUCAUGUAGUUACGUAACAAUAUCUGAUUCACAAGGAAGCCAACUCUAUGUCUUGUGUUGGGACAGUCAUAAUGUAGUUCCUAGACCACUUUUGCGAAUUGUUCUUGUCACCAGAUGUGUUCAGACAUUGCUGUGCAGUUGUGGGGAAGGGAGGGGGAAGGUGAGGGAGAUAAACGUUUUGGUCUUUUUGUUUUUACCUUCCCCAGGAGGGGACAGUCUGGUCAACUUGCUCCAAUAGCGCAAUAAAGACAUUGCAAUAAA